GGCAUUAACAGUAAUAUUUGAGAAUAUUGACAUUUAAGGUGAUAAAUAAGGAAUACAAUUUCGAGGUAUAGACCCUAGGCCUACAUUAACAAUUGGUAAAUACCAAAAAGGUAUUUUGAUGCAAACUUAGGAUAUAACUGCUUAGCCAGGUCAAUAUUUAAUGGUUUGACAGAACGAUGUCAUUGGUUUAAGAAAUGAAUACGUAAUCGUAAGACAACGAUUCUAAUGAUUUCUUCAUCAUUUAUUUUUCAUGCAGAUUGAAUAAAUACUCGAUUUAUUGAGGACUAUCCAACUCAACGGGGCAUAAUCGACUUAGCAUUCCUUCUUUCUGUGAUCCAAAUAAUAAGAAGAAGAAUAAUAAUAAUAUAGCGCUAACAUCCACCAGGCGCGUAAUGUUCUCAAUCAACGCUCUGAAAUUAUCUCGGCUCUAGCUGGGCUCCGAUUUCGGUGCUAACAGCAUUCAAGAAAUUCCUUUCUACUGGUACCCAUUAAACACUUUCAUGAUCCUGACCUCGGUGGAGAGUUGCAAGUAUGUCUUGCGAGAAGACUUAAUAUAGUGCCGCGCCGAGGCUCGAAUCCACGCCCUUCGCAUCUCCAGUCGUGUUUAUACCAUGAAAGAAAAUUAAUAUAUGUGCAGGAAAAGAUUGAAGGACAAACAAAAAAAGACUUGUCUGAUCAAAGGUCAGAAAACCUUUGAGAAUAUUCAUACAGCAUAUCUGAAGUCAAAUAUUGACACAAGCGGUAAACUAGUAUGUAUUCAUGUACAGCGGCAUGAAUGAUUGCAGUUUCAACUAUGACUUCUCUCACGACAGUAAUUGUUGUUCUGCUUGGAUUUUUACACAUCGGUGAAGGAGGUAAUAUCCUGAUAUUCAGUGGAUAUGGGGAAGGAAGUCACUUCCUGACUGCUGCUCUUGUUGGCAAGGAGUUGAUGCAUCGUGGCCACAACGUCACUGUGAUAAUAAGCAAUGCUUACGAGCACAGAGUUAACGAAACCAAAUACAAGGAUUUAAACUUUGAAAUCUUCAAGCACAACGUUCCCCCCGAGGAAGUUCGGAUGCGGGUUGAGCGUUCUACAGAGUCGAUCUUUAAGGGAACCUGGUUCACGGACGUCAUUUCGAACUUGACAACCCUAACGGGUGAGAUCCUCGAUGACUGCAAUGGGUUGUUCAACGAUAAGGCACUUCUACAAAGGCUCCUGCAAGCUAAGUUCGAUGUGGCUUUUGUUGAUCCCAUAUGGCCGUGCUCGUUGCUUGUGGCUGAGUACGCAGCCAAGAGACAUGUUUCUUUUAUGGCUACUACAUGGAUGAACAACAUGGCCCGCGUCAAUGGGAAUCCUUCAAACACCGCCUUCGUUCCGGAGAUGAGUACUGGUUUCACAAAUAAGAUGACAUUUAUCCAGCGGGUUAUCAACAGCAUCAUGGUCAUGCUCCAGAUGUGGCUACACUUUUCUUUUAUAGAUGGUUAUACCAAUAUUCAACAUGCCCAUGGGAUUUGCCCAGAUCUCCAGGUCUCGGAGCUCUACAAAAGGUCACAACUGCUUCUGGUUAACGUCGAUUUCGCAUUAGAGUUUUCGAUUCCCAUCAUGCCGCAUUUGAUACCAGUCGGUGGCCUGUCUUCAGGACAAGCAAAUAGUCUAACUCAGGACUUGGAAGAGUAUGUCCAGAGUUCUGGUGAUGCCGGGAUCAUCGUCUUCUCCCUCGGGACCUAUGUGACGUACAUGAAGGAGGAGCUCAUCGCCGUAUUCGCCAACGCCUUCGCCAAGCUCCCUCAGAAAGUCAUAUGGCAGUUCCGAGGCACGCCACCCGCUAUCCUCGAUAAGAUACCCAACAUAAAAACCAUGGAGUGGCUGCCUCAAAACGACUUGCUUGGUCACAACAAAACCCGAGCAUUCAUGUACCAGGGAGGUAACAACGGCCUCUACGAAGCCCUCUACCAUGCCGUGCCGGUCGUCGUCAUACCCUUGAUCGGCGACCAGCCCGACGUCGCCGCUCGUGUGAUGACUCGUGGCAUGGGGCUCUCACUCGACAUCAUGACCAUUACUACGGAGAAGAUCGUUGACACUCUCAAUGCCGUUAUUCAUGAAAAGCAUUACAAAGAAACGGUAAAACGAAUGUCUGCUAUUUUCCACGACCGACCGAUGCGACCCGUCGAAAAGGCCGCGUUUUGGAUCGAACACGUAAUCAAGCACGGGGGCGAGUACAUGCGAUCACCGAUUCAUGACCUCACCUGGUAUCAAUACUACCUCCUCGAUGUCGUCGCCUUUCUCCUUCUCGUGCUCGUCGUCGUAAUCGUUUUUAUAGUUUAUUCGUGUAAAUUUGCAUUUAGGUGUUGCAAGCGAGUUUUAGUUGGUAAGAAAGCAAAAACUGAUUAGUGAUAGAGUUAAUAGUUAAUACAUUUUAAAUAAUUAAGAUGUUUCAAAUAGUGAAUAUUUUCAAAAAAUUAAAAUUUUCAAAACUAACUUUAACUCAAAUAAGUAACGGCACAAUCAUUUGUCGUUCUAGACUUUAUUUGUCAAGGUAAAAGGCUAAAAGCAACAUUUGAAAUUAUAUUUUAUCAGUGCUUGAUACGUCUUAUCGAUGUUGCAUGAAAUGGGAAACGUUGAUUUUCAAAAACGUUUUAUUUGUCAUUCGUAGAUGAACGUGUCUUUUUCCUGGUUAACCGUACAGACCAUUAAUUGUGUAUACCGUAUAAUUUUCAUACCAAAAUCUCGUCCUGUAUUAUUUCAUAUCUCAUAUUGAUAACUCUAUGCAUGCAUCAUUAUUAUAACGGCUAAGUCUGGGAAGUAGAUUUGUUAUGGAUGAAUUAAAUUUGCUAUACAUCAAAUUUGAAA